AUGACCAAGCUUGCAUCCGUCUACAAGACUGACUACGUUCAGUCCCUCGAUCAGCACUCCCAGACAAACCUCAACUCAUCCUGGGUCAGCGACAAAGGAGCUUGGAUGACCAACCUCAUCCUGAUCUUCUUCCUCAAGUUCAUCGUUGGCAUCAUUCCCGGCAUCACCUCCGAACUCAGCUGGACCUUGACCACCCUCAUCUACAACAUCGGAAGUUAUAUUAUGUUCCAUGCAGUAACGGGUGUGCCAUUCGAGUUUACACAGGGAGCCUAUGACGGAAUUACCCUCUGGGAGCAGAUCGAUGGAGGCGUCCAGUUCACAGCAACAAGAAAGUACUUGACCACCGUCCCCAUCGUCUUGUUCUUGCUCAGCACCCACUACACCCACUACGCCCCUUUCGCCUUCUUUGUCAACUUGGUCGCAACUGUCAUCAACCUGAUCGCAAAACUCCCCGCUAUGCACCAGGUCCGUCUCUUUGACAUCAACCAGAAGGUCGAGGGCUCUAACGAGUAA